AUGCUGCUGAAGAGGUGUGGUGGAGAGUUUGAGAAUGUAGUGUUUGGUGCUGUGAUGCGAAUGUUGAAAAUGAAGUCGAAUAGACUAUGGGUUGAUCUACUGGCUCAUAUUUUUGCUAUGAUCACCUCCUUCAUCGAUUUGGCUCAGGCGUGUUGCGUAUGUAGAAAAUGGAAGGAAGGAGUUAAAUUGUCUCUCGAUAGGAGGAAUAGUUUGAGCUUUGUUGGUUGGAAGAUGGAUGAUAACUCCACUGCUUGCCUUAUUCACCAUGCCUACAGUUUUCGAGAGCUCGACAUCUCAAGGAGACGUUGGGGUUUCCAAAUAACAGACCAUGGAUUAUAUGAAAUCUCUCUUGCAAAGUGCAUUCCCAACCUCAAGUCCAUUUCGCUUUGGGGUAUGGCAGGGAUCACCGACAAGGGUGUUGUUGAAUUGGUUUCAACCCCAAUUUUUAGAAACUUAAUUAACUUGGGAGAAUUUUUGGAUUUUUAUAAAGUAUUUAGUCUCGGUGAUGCUUUGGGGAUUGCACAUCACCAUGAUGCAGUGACUGGUACUGCUAAGCAACAUACUACAAAUGACUAUAUGAAACGGCUUGCUGCAGAAUCCUAUGAGGUCGGUCUAUAUAUCUUGGUCAAGCGUCGAUUGGAUAAUAUAAUUGCAUAUAAUCUACCAUUUGUUCCUCUAUUUGAAGGAGUUGAUGAUAACAAUCGUGAGAUUUUGAGUUUGGAGUUAUCUAAGAGUGUGGGGCUUGGAGGAUGGUGA